CUAAAACCAAAGCGCUACAUCCCAAAGAAGUCAUGUCCCAUGCAAUUCCAGCAGAUGUUAUUAUCCCGCCGCUCGAUAUCCGGGACAUUAUCCACAAGGUCUCGUCGUACGUGAGCAAGAACGGAGAUUCGUUCGAGCUCAAAAUGAAGAGCCAGGAGGCAAACAACCCCGAAUUUGGCUUUUUAUAUGAAAAAGACCCGUACAACCGGUAUUACACCUGGGUACUCCAGGAGUUGAGAGCGGGAAAUGAAGGGAUCUUGGAGCUUUUUAGUCUCGUGCCCCAGGAAAACACUGAUAUCGGCGCGGAGCUAUCCCUCGAGGACUUUGCCGAACCAAAAGCCUUCACGUUUAUUCUCCGCAACUUGCCACCCAUUUCCAGAAUUGAUAUCAGUAUUUUGAAGAUGACCGCAUUGUUUGUGGCGGUUAACGGCGAGCCGUAUAUUGACAUCAUCAAAACGCAGCGGAACGCCACGGGCCAGUACGACUUUUUGAACGAUACCCACUCGUUUCACAAGAUCUUCAGGCUAUUUGUGCAGCAGUACCGCAAAGUGGUGCGUGAUACCACCGAUUCGGAGGUUAAUGGCUUGCUCAGUGCUUCAAGGGAUGAGCUCUUGCUUCACGCGUUCCAGAGAGCGGAGUACAACUACGUCAAGGAAACCACCAGCAAGCAGGCAAUGGAGGCGUUGGAGUUUGAAAAGUUGGAGUUUUCUCGGAUCGACUGGAACGAUUUUAGCGUAGUGGAGACCAUUGAAUUUUCUGAAAUUGACUACAUCAACGAGCUCCCGCCGCCGCUAUCGUUAGACGACUUGCGCUACAGAUCUUUAGAGAGCAAGAAAAGGGGUGUGACCACUCAAGAAAGUAUUAAGGAGGAGGAUGAAGCAGGGCCUGAAGCCGAACCCGAAGCGGAGCUUGAGGUGCUCGCGAGGGAGGUGCCAAAACCCAAGGCGCAUGCCAAACCAAAGGGCAUGAAGAUUAAAUCUGCCGGCGAAACGAGAUUGAAACGGGCUAGCCCAGCAACUGACCAACUUCUCGAGUGUCCAUUGACCCAUCAGAUGAUUCCGGAUUCGCAGUUCCAACAGCACAUUGCCAUUCUCCUUCGCGAUCCAAAGUACAAACAGGAAAGGGAAAACUUCGAGCGCAAGCACCACACGUACGGAAGUAAUUUGAGCACGGAUGUAUACGCCAAUAUCCAGCGUUUGGCCAAGCGAGAGGCCGUCGAGGACGAAACCAGAAAGAGGUCAAAGAGAAAUGUUGUUCAAUGGGACGGCUAUUCUGGCACGAUGGAUAGCGUCAAGGAGGUUGCUGCUGGUAUGUACUCGGAAAAGGAGGUGGAGGAGAUGAGGAGAAAGCGCCAGGAGGAGGAGAACAAGAUUGGGCCGAGGAAGUGAUACAAAAAGAAUGAGAUGAAAGAAAAAGGUAAUGCUAUUGACGUAUAGGUGUUAAUUCGUGGAGA